AUGCCUAGAAGUCUUCUUAACACUCUUUUAUUGCUCUUGCUAUUGUUUGUAUGUGUGAGUUGUGCGAAUGUGUUGAUCAAUGUUAAAGAUCUUCCAACAGAUUCUGUAAUAGAGAUUUCUGGUGAUAACCCAAUUACUAUUAUUAUUCCCAAUAGAAGUUACACUACACCUUUUAGUUUAAAACUUGAUGGAGUCAAAAAAUUUGUGGAUUCAUCAGUAGGAUGUAAAAUUUAUACUUUUGAUGUUUCACUUGACAAACCUUAUUACAGAGGAAAUUCUUCAAUUAGAACAGAUAUUCAAAAUAUUUUCUUUGCAGAUCGUGUUCGCUACAGAUACACAGACAAUCAAUGUAUUAAUCCUGGUACAUCUUUCAGUUUGUACCCUUAUGCUGAUGCUGUUCAGAGUAUUUGUGGAUGUUCAAAGUUCUUUGCGAUAAUGCAUACCGGAUUCGGAUUGGUAGACAAUUCUACUAUUCCUGAUGAGUAUUAUCCUUUGACAAUUACUAUCAAACCAAAGUUCCAAAAAUAUUCUACACAACAAGAGUAG